GCGCGGCUAUAAAGCGAUCCAGUUUCAUUGAAAUUCUCAGUUUGUCUUAUUCAUAUAUCGCAGACUGCGGACGUAGCGAUCCAAUCAACCUUCCAGUUAGUGCUGCAGCAUGAAGACGGGGCUGAUGUUGCAAUUGGCGCUGCCCGUGGUGCUUUUGGCCGGACUCUCGGAAGAAUUUUUUUUUCAAUACCCUAAGAAGGCACUGACGGAAUUCUUUGAAUCUCUGAAGGCAAAAAAGACGCUACCUAAGAUGGGCCAUGUACAACACUACCACAUACAUUAUUAUCCGAUGCCUUUCCCUUUAUUAGCAUGGACGAGAGCACCGGAUAAAUACUAUCUCGACGAACUCUACGACGACUCUCUCACGUCACUCGGCUGGUCGGGUUACCAUUACGGAUACGCGCCAGAUCCGUCGCUAAUCAUGUCGUCGGGUCUCCAACACCUGUCCGGGUCGAAUCUAUGGGAUGACCUUUGGGACGAGAAGAUUCUAGACACCGACGACGAGCUUGACACGAUCGAUCGAAACUCCAAGGGAAUACUGGUGCAGGUCCCCGUCAAUCGGCCACUCGUAUUUCAUCUGCCGUUGAGGAAGUCGCGGCAGAGACGAAUAGAGACGGCAACAACUUAAGGCCUCGCCGUGAAACACCUGUUUCUCUCUCUCUCUCGAAACUAACAAUUGUGAUUAAAAUUGGUCAUCAAACGUCACAUCAAAUCUUCAAUCGUUUAGCUUUAGAUUAG